AUGUCCCUGAUGUGUCUCCUCAGGAAGUCUCUCGCCCUGCUGCUUGCCCUGCUGUGCUGGCCGGCUGCUGCCCUGCAGGAUACAGAGGACAGAGGCUCUGGACAUCAUCUGGACCUGACGGAGUUAAUUGGGGUUCCUCUUCCUCCUUCUGUCUCCUUCACUCCUGGCUAUGAGGGUUUUCCAGCUUACAGCUUUGGAGAAGAUGCCAACAUUGGACGACUCACGAAAACCUUUGUGCCUGAGUCAUUUUACCGGAACUUUGCGAUCAUUGUCACGGUGCGUCCAGCCAACCAGAGAGGAGGCAUGCUCUUUGCUUUCACAGACGCUAAACAGAAGGUGGUAGAGUUGGGUUUGGGUCUCACUCCAGUUCGUGGUGGGAUCCAGAGCAUCUUGCUGUACUACACUGACAAAGAGCAGGCCUCCCACAGCCAUAAAGCUGCUGCUUUUAGUGUCCUUGACAUGACUGACCAAUGGACACGGUUCACGUUGGUGGUGGAGGAUAAUGAGGUGCGUCUCUACAUGGACUGUGGAGAGGCUGAGAGGACCACCUUUCAUCGGAGGCCAGAGAAACUCACCUUCUCACGCAACUCUGGCGUAUUUGUAGCAAAUGCAGGAAGCACAGGGCUCGAUAAUUUUGUGGGUUCUAUUCAGCAGCUGAUUAUAAAAGAUGAUCCCAGAGCAGCUGAGGAGCAAUGUGAAGAAGACGAUCCCUAUGCCUCGGGAUAUGCGAGUGGAGAUGAUGCUCUGGAUGAUAGAGAAACGGAAGUCGUCUCAACGAAGGGGGUAGAGGAGAGAAAAUUGAUGUCAGUCAUGCACGUUUUCAGGAAGUACUGA